AGAACGGAGGAAAGCAAUCAAAAACCUUAUUAAAAAAAAAAACCCAACGGUAGUAAGGAAGAAUAGCACCCUAACGACUUCGCGAUGUCAGCAGCAGCCAGCGCAGCAGAAAACGCAAACUGCAACUCAGGUGCGGCUCCCCAGCGCUCCUCACCGGUGGCUGGAAAGUCCAGCGAGGCACCGGGUGAUAAACAUCAGGGCGUGCCACCGCCGCCGUACUCGAUGGACAGCGCCCUCGGCGGCCAUCCCAUGCCGCUCUACCAGCCACACGCGCCGGCACCGGGCGCGGUGAUCGAUCCCGACAUGAUUGAGGACCACAUCAGCUUCCUCCGCACCGUGCGCGCCUUUCACCACUACAAGCGCCAGGCCAUGGCGGCUCGCGAGAUGCGCCGUACUAACUUCCGCAAGCUGCAGGAUCAGCACCGCGAUCUCUUGUGCAUUGACUUAGACAAAAUCCUCGACAAGUAUCUGGAGUGCAUUGAGGUAAACAGCACCUUCUUCGACGCCAUCUGCGAAGCGAGCGAGGAGCUCUUCGACAGCUACUGGCCGGAGGGGACGACGGUGCGAAUGGAGGAAGUGCCCCCGCCGACUCCGCUCGACAUGGACAAGGUCUUCUCUACGCUGCGGCAGUUUGUCCGCGACUGGUCCGCCGAGGGGGUGGCGGAGCGAGACUGUGUGUACAAGCCGAUCCUCGACACGCUGGAGCGCUGCUUCCCGAGUCGCAGCGAGCGCGAAAACGUGCGGGUGCUGAUCCCCGGCGCGGGUCUGUGCCGCCUCUCCGUCGAGCUCGCCCUGCGCGGCUUUUUUGCCCAGGCGAAUGAGUUUAGCUACCACAUGCUUAUCGCCGGGCACUACAUCCAAAACCACGUGUUCGAGUCGUGCCAGCACCGCAUCUACCCCUACAGCGACAGCACGUGCAACUUGGUCAACCGCGCCGACCAGUUUGCCGAGGUGCAAAUACCCGACCUGUGCGCCUCUGAGGCGAUCGACGCACUGCGGGACGAGGGCCUCAGCUUUGGGCAGCUCUCCAUGGUGGCAGGCGACUUCACGGAGGUGUACGCGAAGCCGCAUCAGCAAAAGACAUGGUCAGUCGUUGCCACCUGCUUCUUCAUCGACACGGCACACAACAUUAUCGAGUAUCUCGAGAUCAUUUAUAACCUGCUCGUGCCUGGCGGCUAUUGGGUGAACGUAGGACCGCUGCUGUACCACUUCGCGGAUAGCGCGGAUGAUAUGUCGAUUGAGCUGUCACUAGGAGAGGUGCUGACGGUGGCGCAGCGUAUUGGAUUUGUGCUGAACGGGCCGCCGACGUUCAUUGAUACGACCUACACAAACAACCAGCGGAGCAUGAAGCAGCUGGUGUACCGCUGCGCCUUCUUUGUGUUGCAGCGUCCGCUGACGGACACACGUGAAAAGAACCACAAACAAGGGGGCACGGAGGUGAAGACGAUCUAA